AUGGGUGAAAGGAAAGGCGUAAACAAGUACUACCCUCCAGAUUUCAACCCUGAGAAGCAUGGCUCCCUCAACAGAUACCACAACAGCCACCCACUUCGGGAGCGGGCUCGGAAGCUGUCCCAGGGCAUCCUCAUCAUCAGGUUUGAGAUGCCCUAUAACAUCUGGUGCGACGGCUGCAAGAACCACAUCGGCAUGGGUGUUCGUUACAAUGCAGAGAAGAAGAAGGUUGGCAAUUACUACACGACCCCAAUCUACAGGUUCAGGAUGAAAUGCCACCUCUGUGUCAACUACAUCGAGAUGCAGACGGACCCCGCCAACUGUGACUACGUGAUUGUGAGCGGCGCCCAGCGCAAGGAGGAGCGCUGGGACAUGGAGGACAACGAACAGGUGCUGACCACAGAGCAUGAGAAGAAGCAGAAGCUGGAGAUGGACGCCAUGUUCCGCCUGGAGCAUGGCGAGGCUGACCGGAGCACGCUCAAGAAGGCCCUCCCCACCCUGAGCCACAUCCAGGAGGCCCAGAGUGCCUGGAAGGACGACUUCGCCCUCAACAGCAUGCUUCGGAAGAGGUUCCGGGAAAAGAAAAAAGCCAUGCAGGAGGAGGAGGAGAGGGACCAGGCACUGCAGGCCAAGGCCAGCCUGGCCAUCCCGCUGGUGCCGGAGACAGAGGAUGACCGCAGACUGGCCGCCCUGCUGAAGUUCCACACCCUAGACUCGUACGAGGACAAGCAGAAGCUCAAGCGGACAGAGAUCAUCAGCCGCUCCUGGUUCCCCUCCACCCCGGGAGCCAGCAGCGGCAACAGCAGUGGCGGCAACAGCAGCAAAGCCAGCAGUGUCCUGAAGAAACUGGCCCAGAACCGCAGAGCCACUCCUACCAGCUCCCCCGUCACCAUGGGGCACCUGGGCAUCGUGCGGCGGCGAUCCCGGGAGGUCCCAGAGAGCCCCCAGCACCCGGCCGAAACCUUCAAGUCUGGGGAGCCACAGGUGCCAGAGGGGGCCAACCAGAACGGGCCCGCCUCCCCCCGAGACUGCUCUCUGGAGACAGCUGAGACCCCUAGGAACAGCGGGCCAUUGGGGCAGGAGGAGAGCUGUCAGGACAGGCCCCAGACCCCUCCAGACACCGCCCCCGAGGCAGCCAACCCCCAGGACACACCACAGCCCUGCGGCCUCGGCUCCUCGCUCGUGGCUGACUAUUCCGGCUCCGAGAGCGAGUGA